AGAAAGAUAAUGGAUGCCAUUGCAUCGGCACCCAUUCAGAGUCAAUCCAGGUACUACAUUCAUGUGGAGGCGGGUAUUUAUGAGGAGAUUGUGGAAGUGUGGGGAAAUAAGACAAAUAUAGCUUUGAUUGGAGACGGUGAAAAUUUAACCAAAAUCACAAUGAACAGGAGAUUCCCUGAGUUCAAAACUUACAAAACUGCCACUGUUUCUGUUAAAGGUUAUCGAUUCAUGGCAAAGUACAUUACUUUCGAAAACUCAGCAGGAGAAGGCAGUCAAGCUGUUGCCCUAAUGUCCGAGUCUGACCAAUCAUCAUUUUACAGAUGUUCAUUUUUAGGGUACCAGGACACACUCUAUGCAAAGUCGGGCAAGCAAUUUUACAAGGAGUGUGACAUCUAUGGCACUGUUGAUUUUGUGUUUGGUGAUGCUGCAGCAGUUUUUCAAAGCUGCAACCUUUAUGCAUGGUUGCCUAACCGCAUUAUUACUUCAGGGAAAAAAGAUCCCCAAUCAAGUUAGUGGAUUUGUCAUUCAAAAUUCCACUUUGACGGCAGCCCCAGAUUUACAGUCCAACAAAUCUCAGGUUCACGCUUUUCUUGGAAGACCGUGGUUUGCAUGGUCAACCGUGAUUGUGAUGCAAUCCUACUUGGAUAGCAUCGUAGAUCCAGCUGGGUGGUAUGAGUGGCCUGGCCAUCGCACAGAUGAGCUAACCUAUAGAGAAUAUGGUAAUUGGGGCCCUGGUGCAGGAACAGGGAGACGAAUUUCAUGGGUGGGAUAUAAAGCAUUGAAUCAGUCCGAGGAAGUCAUUCCUUUCACAGUUUCUAAGUUUAUUACUGGGGAUUCUUGGAUUCCAGAGACUGGAGUCCCUUACACCAGCAGUUUAUAUUAGUAUGAGGCCAUAUCUCUGAAAUCCCUUGUAUCAGCAAUUUAUUUUAGUGCGAGGCCAUUAUAUGGUGUUUUUGUAAUGACUUCAAAGACAUUACUAGGCUGUGAAUGGUGCAAAGCAUUUGCGAUAUGUUCACUAAAUAACUAGAAAUUGAGUAUGACAUCCAACAAUCGCCACAAGCCUAUGGGACUGACCCACAAGCACCUCCAAAAAGACCACUUUAUCUUCCUUGGAUAGAAGUUAAGAGAAGGUAGUUAUGUAAGUUGAGAACCCAACUAGGUUACUAAAUUUCUAAUCAUUAAACUUCCAACUCGCAACUGGCAAAUACUAUGCACACAAAAUACUAAAAGCUGUAAAUAAUAGCAAUGUAUUGGUUCUAUGUCUCCAUGUCUUGCCAAGGCUUCAAUACCUGAAUUGAGAACAAGUCAAAACCAACAUUGCCAAGUAACCCCACCAAAAUUUCAUGGCAUCCUAUGAGAUUCCUUACUAGUUUUAUCUCUGAACAACUCACUGUACUAAAACACAAACCAUCCAAUUCAGAAUUAUGAAAUCAGUACCUUAGUCCAUGAUUCACAGUCACCAAGAACACUCCUCUACUUCUUCCUCUCUUUUGUCCCCAUGUUAGUGUUCACGGUUAUUGUUCACAGCCCUGAAAGAGUCCCAAGUUCCUCUCUUCCUUAUGCUCGCGCUAGUACACAAGAUCUCAUCCAGCUUGCCUAUAUCAGUUUGGUAUUCAGAGCCCCAACUUUCUUCCUCUUUAUCAGCCACAUUUUCUUCUUCUUUUUUGGCCAAUAUGGUUACAAAUGCAGAACUCUUUCCAAACUUCAAGACUUUCUCGAAAGAUUUUGAAAGCAGGUCCAAAAGAAGUUGCUUUGUUAAAAGAUAAAAGUGCACGAAAUUGAAAAAAAAAUAAUUAGAAGCUUUGCAACCUUUUCUCUCUACAUUAGAUGGCAUGGCUCAUAGAUUCAGUUGAAUUGAAGCUUUGUUGCUGGGUUAGCAGCCAAUUGACACAGCUAGCAACAAUAUUUUGGAAGCUUUGAGUUCUAAUCAUCAAAAAGCCAUAAUAACUGGUUUCCCUUCCCUAACUUUUUCUCUACCAAUUUCUCUACUAGUUUCCCAACCAUAAGCUGGUUGGACAAAUAUUCUCAUCCAUGGAAGCUAAGAGUAUAACUAAAAGAUCCUUUCCCAAAAAAAGAAGAAGUUUUGGUUUGGAGGAGUCUGUGCAUGGUGAUUCCUAGGGUCUAACGAAUGGUCAAAUU